GAAGCCGCCAGGGACCUCUCCGGAAGUAGGGCACAGCUGCCAACUCGCCAUGCGGCUAUUGCUCCUGGCUCCCGGCCGAGCCCAGACUGGCAACGGGACCACCGCCCGGAGGAUCCAAGAUCAUUUACAAGCUGCUGGGCAUUUGUGUAUCUUGAAGGACACCUCUGAUUAUGAGUCCCCAUUGGCAAUUGCAAAUCUCAUCUCUUCAGAGAAAUUGGAGGCAGCUCUGGGCAUCCAUCUCUUUAAAGCUGGAAGGCUUCUUCAAGGAAGCCCCGUUCCUUUUGGGAUUAUCUUUGGAGGCACAGAUGUUAAUGAAGAUGUCAAAAAUGAGGAGAAGGCCCAAGUUAUGGAGAAGGUGUUGGAUGAAGCCAGGUUUGCUGUGUCCUUCACCGAAGCCAUGAAAGAAGCAGCUGCAAUGUAUUGGCCUCAAAUCAAGAACAACAUCUGUGUCCAAGCUCAAGGGAUCGUGAGCCUUCCAAACAGGCGGCAUAACUGGGCCGAAUUUCUGCAGAGGGCAGGGAUUGCACAGGACGGCCAGUCUCUAUACAUCUUCCUGUUGAUCUGUGGAGUAAGGAGAGUCAAAGAUCCACUUUAUCUACUGGAUGUUUUUUCAGAGUGGCAUCGGGAAGACUCCAGGGUACACCUGAUCAUUGUUGGACCUGCUGCUGAUCCAACCUUUGCAAAAGAAGUCGAGGAGAAGGUGAACAAGGCAGAUGGGGUCCACUUAUUGUCAGAAGUUCCCCAGGAAGAUCUUCACGCCAUUAUGAAAAACUCUUUUGCCGUCGUUAACAGUUCCAUAUCCGAAGGGAUGUCAGCUGCAAUUUUAGAGGCAAUGGAUUUAAAUGUUCCUGUGCUGGCAAGGGACAUUCCAGGAAAUGCUGCUGUGAUUGUACACCAAACAACCGGAUUAUUAUAUUCGACUCCACAGGAAUUUGUCCAGCAGGCCAAAACUUUGAUGAAGGACCCAGUUUUGUACAAAGAGAUUGUAAGAAAGGCACAUGAAUAUGUCCUGAAGCACCAUUCAUGGGAGAAAGAAAGGAAGGUCUAUCAGAAUCUUGUUUUGAGACUUCAUGAAUGUUCUUGUAUCAAAAAAACAUGAGUUACCAACCACCGUGGUCAACCAGGUUUUCACCUUAUCAUCUGAUUUGUCUUCCUUAAUGUUAUUGCCAUUGUGAUUUUGUAGAUUUUGUUCGCCUUUCAGAGUCAAAAUGUAGACCUCUACAGCCUGGCAGCCUCCAGGAGCAUGGGACUUCUGUUCCCAUAAUCCCCCUACUAGUCAUCACCAAAGGACUAUGGGAACCGAACUCACAUUACAGAACCCCAAGUUGAAAAAAAAUCCUAAACAUACAAACAUACCGUUUAUUGUUGACCGGAAACACUUUAUAGAUUUUUAUUGCACGAAGCAUAAGAAAUUGAAUUUAUGAUUUGUGGUUGGGAUGAUUACAAGGAAUAGAUUAUAGGGGAAAAUACUUGUGCUGUAGCCCACAGAGCAAGGGGUAAAUUUAAAAUUGUUUUUAUAACUGAUGUAGUAAAAAAAAAAUACAUUUUUGUUCUCUCUUUGCUGUUCCAUUUUUAUUUCCUUGAUUUUUCUCUUCCUUUCUUUCCUCCUUAUCUCCCUUCCUUCCUUCCUUCCCUCCCUCCCUCAUUCUUUCUUUGAAUCUCUAUUAGUUUUCAUUGCUUUUUA